ACCGUAUGACAAGCAAAGUGUAGAAGUGCGUUUCUGUGUGUUUGUGAAUCAUAUGCAAGAUUGUAUGUGUUACAUUCGUCGUUUCCUUUGGAAGCCUCUUCGUAAAGGGUAUCCUUAAAAUGUUUUUUGUUCUACUUCCUGCAGAGAGUGAAGUGUUUAAAUGGCUAGGAAAAUAUCCCGAAAGCGACAACAUUUUAGUAUUGAUAGUGCUUCUAUUUUUAUACGUGGGCAAGGAUCGAAUACCAAACAUCAGAAUUGAUUACGGAGCAAAUCUGUAGCCAAAUACCAUGCGAUGCUUUUACAUAUUAUUAACGUUUGAUUCCAUUCGCAUACAGAUCAGAAAACAAAGGUGUAGUGUUUCGUGGCAAAAUCAUAGGAAAUAGAAACCAAAUUUUGUUUUUAAACAUUCGAUGCUUGUUGAAAGGAGUAGUGUAAUUAUCGUGACAUGUUACAAUGUGUGUAUUGGUGUGUGUGUGUUGAAUGUUGGGCACGCAUUGUGUUUUCGUCCCAUUCGGGAAUGCGUAUAAUGUUGUUGUCUAAAUAUUGCUCAGUUUUUUCGAAUUUAUAUUACUCGUCAGUGUAAAAUCAGCAAAGAUCAUAAAAACAGUUUUCAAUCGAGUGCUGCCUAGUAUGAAUCCUCAAGAGUUCGGUACUAUGGUUUGGAUGGGACAGCUUGCAUCACCGCUUGAUGAGAACUUAACCAACUACUACGGACCACCGGUAUCGAGCGUCAUGGAAGACAUCACGCAGCAGACCCAUGCAAUGGACAUGAAUCCGGCUGCCAUCAGCUCACUAAUCAGUGAAUAUAGCGGACAUAUGUCGGCCAUUCCAACAACUUCCGGUUUGGCCGCCGUGCCAAAUGCUGCCGAGGCACUGGCGCUAACUAAUCCGGAAUUGUUCAAUAUUCAGCAGCAGCAGCAUCAGCAGCAGCAGCACCAGCAACAGCAGCAGGCGCAACAGCAACAGUUACUGCAACAGCAGCUUGCUUUAAGUGGAUAUGGAUUUUUAGAUCAAACCAGUGCAUUAUCAGCCGCAAACAGUGUUUCGCCGGACGGCACAUCAUCGGCCACAGGCAUUGGACCACCGGCUCUAGCCGGUGUUGGUAUGCGUCUGAUGGAUGGAAGUGGGAAAUUUGCAAUCGAUGGUAGAGAACUGGCGGCAGCGGCGGCAGCGGCAGCAGCGGCUGUGGCAACAGCGUCUCCUUCGGACGAGGAUGGGAACAACGAAGGAUUAGAGGGUCCCGGGGAUGAUGACGAUCAUCCUUCGCUUCAAAGCUAUGGACAGUAUCAGCAGCUAAUGAACAAUGGGACGGGUAGCGAUUUCCUUUCCGUUGCGCGUCAGGACAUCAUGCUUCCCUACAAGCUGUUAAACGAUACGCAUAUGCUGCAAUCCCACUUUCUCGACUAUGACGGUAUGGCCGAUGCGUCUAACAGCAACAGUAGUAAUAGCAACAGUCGGUGCAGUCCUGGCGCGACGGCAACCAUGGACGUAGAUCAACACAGUGUUGCCUCGAAUCCAUCUCAGUCGCGAUUCCAUCAGCAACGACAAGAAGCAGCUAACAGUGGUGGUGCGGCUUAUCCAGUGGGAAUGUAUGGUGGUACGAUGCCGGUUGAACGGUACCCGAGCAAGAAAAUUAGACCAGUGAAGAGGCCUGGCCUUGUACUAAAAACUCCAAUAGCUUACAAAGGUGACAUAGAUCCGUCGGUGAUUCCUAUACAACGCGAUGGCAUGGCAAUCUGUGAAAAAUGCGGAGCCAUCGGAGUAAAGCAUUCAUUUUAUACAAAGCAAAGACGUUUCUGUAGUUUGGCAUGUGCUCGCUCGUUCGAAUCACUUCGCGUGUUCAGUGCACCGUUCCGAUCAGGAUCCGGAAUCAAAGCAUCUGGAACGGUAAACGACGACAGCAAACAUAUCGCCACGUCUUCUUCGUCGACCGAGACAUCCAACAUUGGUCUAUUAUCCAGUCCGCCUGACCAACUGAUAGACGAAUCGCAUUCAUCAACGGAAGAGUUGGACACCAAACGUGUGCCGUUACAGCAACUGCACCAGCAACAAGAACAAGUACAAACAAUCGGUUAUCGAUUCAAGAUGUCUGGAACAUCUCUUACCCAACCGAAUACUAACAGUGGCGGAGGUAUCAAUAGCAAUAUUAGUAGUCACGAUGACAGCAGUAUCACAAACAAUAUUAUGCUUGGAGGCAAGAUGGUCGGAGGGACAGGCAUUCUGCAGGAGAUACUGCCACAGGAGGAGAUUCCCCAGUUGCCCAAAGGGACCCGUUUACCUUCGCCAUGCCCCCAAGACGAUCGUAUCAAUAGCAUACGUAGGAAACCGAACGAGUUUCAUAACUCUUAUGAUUGGACGCAAGCGUUAGCAGAUCCAAAGUUCUAUGCCGCACCAGUCACCUGUUUCAAGCACGCUCCCGGUUAUGAAAUGUGGCCAAACGUCGUGAUCGGGAUGAAGGUGGAGGUAGAAAACACAGACUGUGAUGUUCAACAGGCCCUGAUCGGGGGAAUGCCGCACAGUUUCUGGGUUGCGACCGUGCUACGCAUUUGUGGUUAUAAGGCCCUGCUUCGCUACGAAGGGUUUGAUGCGGACUCGUCGAAAGAUUUCUGGGUUAAUCUAUGUUCAGCAGAAGUUCAUCCGGUGGGCUGGUGUGCGACACGCGGGAAGCCUCUGAUACCACCAAAGAGCAUUGAAAAACCGUCCCCCGAUUGGAAAGAGUUUCUCGUGUCGCGGCUUUCAAAUGCGCGUACUCUUCCCUCGACUUUCUACAAUAAAAUCAGCGACAGUUUUAAAUCUCGAUUUCGCGUUGGUUUGAACCUGGAGGUGGUGGAUAAAAAUCGUAUCUCGCAAGUAAAACUGGCAACCAUCAGCAAGAUAAUCGGAAAGCGAUUGUACGUUCGGUACUACGAUAGCUCACCGGAUGACUACGGUUUUUGGUGUCAUGAGGACUCCCCACUGAUACAUCCAGUCGGUUGGGCAACAACAGUGGGACACAACCUGGCAGCACCCGAGGAAUAUAUGGACAGGAUGAACGCGGCUAGUGAUCAAAUCUUGGAACCGCACGAAGAUGAUGCUACAAUGGACCUAUUCAAGACCAACUUCCAGUUCGAAGAGUACUGUUUCGAUGGCAAACAAACAGGUUUCGAGGAAAACAUGAAGCUGGAAGCGGUAGAUCCGUUAAAUCUUUCCUCGAUCUGUGUAGCCACAGUAAUGACGGUGUUGAAGUUCGGCUACAUUAUGGUUCGUAUCGAUUCGUACGAUCCGGACGUGAAUGGGGCCGAUUGGUUUUGUUAUCACGAAAAAUCACCCUGCAUUUUCCCGGUUGGGUUCUGUGCGAAGAACAAGAUUACUCUAACACCACCAAAAGGGUACGAUCUUAACACGUUUACCUGGGAGCAGUAUCUACUGGAUACCAAUAGCAAACCGGCCACGGAGGACAUCUUUCAUCGAGAUCAAAUUCGGCAACGGUUUAAGGAGGGAAUGAAAUUGGAAUCGGCCGAUCUAAUGGACCCUAGACUGAUAUGUGUAGCAACGAUUGCACGCGUGGUUGGACGUUUGUUAAAGGUGCAUUUUGAUGGAUGGGAAGAAGAGUACGAUCAGUGGUUGGAUAGUGAAAGCCCCGACAUCUAUCCAAUUGGUUGGUGUGUACUUGUGGGACACAAGUUAGAAGGGCCCCGUAUUUUGCCGAAAGUCGUACCGACACAAAAAAUUUCUCCCAAAACGACGAAAAAGGGCAAACGAAAGAAGAAGCUAAAGGUGGAGCCAUCACAUGAUGAGGAAAUAAGAGGUUGUACAUAUUAUAUUGAUAACUUUACAGCUCAACCUGCUCCGACAACACGUACGGCAAGAAUCAAAAAGGAACAAGAGCACUUUGAGCAACAGAAAUUACUGGCAGCAAAUCCGGCCCAAUUUGACUACAGUUCUCUUGGGCAAAUGGCCACGUCCGAUUUGGGCGGUCAGCUAUCUCAACAGUAUUCGAGUGACAACAGUGCUUCACUGCUAAUGGGGAGUCAACUGCAAAUGCAACAGAACCAACAACCAUCCGAGCUAGCAGCAAUGGGAUUGAGUGGAGACGUCACCGGCACAUCGCCCGCAUUGCACACAUUCAUAAAGAACGAACCAAAUCACAACACAACAGCUUCCCUGCUCAGUGGAACGAGCUUGCUGGGGCCAAUCUUCGAUCAUUCGUCUAGUGGGACCGCUGGAACGGCUACCACCGCCACAACGGGUAACAUGAUCGACCAAGACGAUAUCGAUAUGCGCACAGAGGACGAGGAUGGUGAAUCCAGUUCCGCCACCGGACUUCCAUCCACUGCACCAUCUUCCGAGAUAGCGGACAACGAGACAGACAAGACUAUACCACGAUUAAUUCAGCAUGAUUCAGCCAACAGUGGAGCAUCGCCGGAUUCAAUCGGUGGCGGUGUCGCAGGCGGAUCGUGCAACUCGAACGGAAGCAAUUCUGGCGCUAUUGUGGCAGGUUCAUCGAACUCGUCUUCCUCCUUCGGUAUGGCAGUUACGAACAGCGGACAAAUUAUGCCAGAAAGCUGGGAAGUGAAAGACGUUGCCACCUUUCUUACUAUAAAUGACUGUGCCGUUCAUGCCGAGCAGUUUGUGCAGAAGGAUAUUGACGGUAAGCGUUUGCUCGAGCUCAGCAAGGACGAUAUCAUUACACUGCUAAAUCUGAAAGUAGGUCCAGCGCUUAAAAUUUUCGAUCUCAUUCAGCAACUGAAGUGUAAAAUCGAUCCGACCAAGUUACGCCACCUUUCGAAAGCAACGGGAAAAAAGUUUCUGUAGUAACAAUCAUCGAGACACAAGCUUUGUCACCUUGGAGAACAAAUCACGCAUGCUACGAUAAGGAGUUGACGGUACUGCGCAUUUUUGGUUUGUUAUCAUUUUUGUUUGGUUUUAAUUAAUUUGUUUGAUGCCCAUAAACCAUGUCUCGGAGGAUUUUUUUAUAUCCAUGUGCGAGGGGGAGGGGCAUAGAUUUUUCUUCAACUGCAACUGAAUCGUGUGCAAUCAUAAAUUUUCGUUUCCGGUAAUUAAUUUUUAACUCUUUUCAUCGUUCGAUCUUACAUUUGUAGUUGAACACAGAUGCAACUUAUCAUUUAUACAAUUAUCAGGUUUUUAAUGUAGAAUUCCUCAUUUAGCUGAGAUAUUUUUUUUUCGAAAUUCAUUUUAUGAAUUAAAUGUGAGUGUAUUGCCCAAAUGAAAUAGGGGGAACACGGAUCUAAUUUUAGCAUUUUGUUUCUUUAAAGCUAUUUUGAAUACGGUGUAAUUUCACUGUGGCUAUUGGAAAUUUUGGAAUUGUUGGAAGCUAGCAUUAUUUUUAUACCAAUACCACUAUUGGUAGCGAAGGUAGUAUAAACUAAUUGCAUUGAACACUAAUAUAAAUUUUGUCAACCAGGAUCAAUGUCGAUGAACCUUAUUAUUCGUCGAUUAUUGAAAAUUGAAUCGCCCGCGUAAACCUGUUACGGUGAAGGUGCACAAUGUUAUUAAUUUGUAGGUCGCAGCUUAAAAAUUUCAAUAUUCGAGGCAUUAGUUUCACAAAUGCGUGUUAAAUCAAAAUUCUUUUCAGUGAAACACAGGAAAUUUGGGGAAACAGGAGGAACCGUUUUACACAUUUGAUUAAUCUAGCAAGAAGAUAAUAGAAAUACAAUUAACCAACAUGCUGUGGACAUAAACCACAUAUGUUAACACAACAGGAACUCACGAAUCAGGGAAUGUUAUCCAGCAAUCAAACAUGGAAGUAUGGUGGCCUCUACUAAUAAGCCGUGAUUAAAGGACUAUCAACAGUCAAACCAAUAAGUCCAACAAACACCAUGCCUAUAACGAUUUGUAUGUAUGAAUUUUACUGCACUAUGAAACCAAAUACAACACUGUUCCCGUGUUACGCAUCCUUUCCAAUCGGCGCUAUGCAGUUUUCCAAAUUUCACAGUUAUUGGAGCAAAUUGAACUGAUUGGUCACAUGAAUUAUCAAAAUGCAUUACGAACAGUCUGUUAGCUGAAAUUAAAAAAAAAUCACGAAAGGAAUAAGUUGAAUUUCUGUACGAGAGUCACAUAAAACAAUAAUUAAAUAUCAAUUUCAUUGCAAACAAACAAUUCGUUUUUGUUGAUAAAAUAUCUACCACUCUCGAGGUAUUUAGGCUGAACAAACGGAAUUCGACAAACGUGUAUGAAAGAGUUACGCAGUUCUUUUUGGAUCGCUUUAACUGCGCAACUGCGUUCGGUUUGAGCAUUUUCGAUAGAAUUUAACAAGGCAAAUGAUAUCGCAAUUCUUCUAAACACACAAGCAUAACUUUUUGGGCUUGUAGAUGUUGCUGGAUAAUCUAUCCUUGCUUGCCAUAAGAAUAUUCGGUCAGAUGAGGCAAUUUUUCGUACAAAGCCUUCGAAGUGUGGAAAUUGUAAAAUUUUGAUCGGUUGCGAUAUUGAUAAUGUAACGGGUUGUUUCUCCGUUAUACUAUAAUGGCGUAUUUUAAUGCUAGUACAAUUGAAGGCAAGGAAGAUAUGUUUCCUUAGCACAAAUUCGGUUUUAGUCUCUGUUCCGGUAUGUAGAGUGUACAGAAGCUCCUGGUCGUUGACACCAAACAAUUUUCAAGAUUACGGCACACAUUUAACGCAAUGAAUAUAAUGAAUAACUCAAAUCAAAGCACUUUAAACUGCAAUAAUUUCACGUUCAGUUUGCAUAAGUAAUAAUCUGCGUAGUAAGAAAGGAAGAAAAUGGUUUUAAUGGUUAACGGAUGUGGACGGUAGAAGAGAUUAAAGUUUGAAGUUUGAGUUUGAGUUCAUCGUAGCGCAGAAAGUUUUCUUUAUUCGAAUCAUAGUGUAAAGACUUAUUCAUUUUACAACGGUUGUCUCGCUUAAAUUGUCGCCGGACUGAGAUGUCUGAAGUAGAUAUUAUAUUAGGUAUAUUAUUGAUUCCCAAUGCGGCAGUGGUAGAAAUUGAAACAACAAACACAAUGUACUAACACUGAGUGAGUGGAAAUCAUAGUUAAGCGUUGAUAGACAACAAAACAACAAUUGUACAGUCAUUUUUAGGAUAUAAGACAAUAGAAUGAUCAGUAAAGCACGUGUAUAAGGUUAGAUUAUGUACAACACGUUAAGAUGAGAAAACUCCUAAAAUGUAUCGAAAUGUGCGGUAAUUGAGGGGUUCUGUGCGAAUGAAAACGCAUGGUUGAAUAAAUAUUUUAUUAAAAAAAUAUAUCUAUACACAGACAAAA